AUGAUGAAAGACAUGCUGAACAUCUUGGUUCGGGACCAGAAGAUGGAGACAUCGUUGGCCCGAGCCAAGGAGUUGCAGCAAUAUGCAGAGGAAGUAGUCUUCCUUGCAAAGAAGAACUCCCCGUAUCACGAUGGACUCGUGGAAAGUAUGCUGACCUCGCCUGAGGCGAGGCGGAUUCUCUAUGAGCGGAUGCUGCCUCGUUAUCAGGAUCGGCACUUCCACUUCUCGCGAGUGGUGAAUCUAUGGAGGUACCGAGAGCGUGACACCACGCCAAUGGCCAUCAUCGAGUAUGUGGACCGACCUGGCGAGCUUCGUCCGGCGAAUCCCGUCGGCGCAGCCAGGAAGCAGCAUGUAGCGAUGGAGUUCUUGCAGAGUCGACGAGGUAGGCGGAAGCACCUGAGUGAGAUGCAAAGGAUGAUGCAGAGCAAGAACUCUCCUCCACUGGAUGCCGCUGUUCUGGAGCGCUGUCGUUUCGAGUGCUCGAAGUACGAGGUUGCUGUUGAUGUGGAAUGA